UAUUUUGAAAAUGCGUGACCGGAAGUGUUGUGAUAACUCCGUAAGACGGGUCACAGGCGUGAAGCACCGAGUCUGAACUUGUUUUUACCGACAGACUGUCUGUUUGUUUCUGUCCGUUAGUCGUCGGUUGGGUUCCGUGAAACGUUAGUGAACACCGGGGGGUGGAGACGUUAUUACAAAAUAAAAGCCCGCCAUGGCGUCGCCGCUGGAGAUGACGGAGAUGUACGACAACGCUCUGCUCGGCAUCCUGCAGCACGUCGGAAACAUCCAGGACUUCCUGCGGGUCUACUUCGGCUUUCUGUACCGGAAAACCGACUUCUACCGACUGCUGUCCGGUCCCGACGAGAAGAUGGGCUUCCCGCCCGGUGUGGCGGAGAAGAUGGUUUUCAAGACAUACAAACUCUUCGAGAAGAUGGCCGAUCACGACCGAGCGAGGCAGCUGAGCGAGCUGCAGAAGAGAGAGGACAGUGGGAGCGUUCCUCCUCCGGCGGUUCAGGAGCUGGAGAUCGCAGCCGAGCCUUCCGAGGGGACGGAGGAGCAGAGUGCAGAGGAUGCAGCGGCGGCUCCAGUGGCGGAAGCCCAGGCGGAGAGCGCCUCCUCCCAGGAUGCUGGAGAUGUUUCGGCCGAGGCGACCGCCAACCCUCAGGCUGCCAACGGCGGUCCAGAACAGCCAGCUGAGGGCGAGCAGGCAGCUGCAGCCAGCACGAAGUCAGCAGGAGCGAGUCAGGAUAAUUUCCAGUCCGACCCCGACAGUUACAACGGAGCCGUGAGAGAAACCUACAGCUGGUCUCAGGACUACACCGACGUGGAGGUCCGCGUGUUCGUGCCCAAGACGGUUGUUAAAGGCCGACAGGUCCGAGUCAGUCUGCAGACCGGCAGCAUGAAGGUUUGCGUGAAGGACGGAGCCGAAGAGAAAACCCUGAUGGAGGGAGAACUCACCCACAAGAUCAACACUGAAACGUCUCUGUGGAGUCUGGAGCCGGGCAGCUGCGUGGUCCUGUCGCUCAGCAAGACCUCGGAGGUUUGGUGGAACGCCGUGCUGAAGGGAGAGAAGGAGAUCGACAUAAACCAGAUCAACCGCGAGCGCUCCAUGGCGACCGUCGACGACGAGGAGCACGCCGUCCUGGACAGACUGACCUUCGACUACCAUCAGAAGCUGCAGGGGAAACCGCAGAGUCAUGAAAUGAAGGUGCACGAGAUGCUGAAGAAGGGCUGGGACGCCGAAGGGUCGCCGUUCAGAGGGCAGCAGUUCGACCCGACCAUGUUCGACAUCCCGCCCAGCGCCGUGCAGUUCUGAGGCGCAGCCCCACAAAAAAACAAAACUGGAGCCAAAUACGAACUGAAUCCGGGUUUACUGACAGAACCGGCUCACGGUAAAGUCGACGUUUACCCGCUGGGCCGAAGUGUUGGAGAGGUUUGACGUUAGAUUUCGUGUGGACGAGCAGGAUGGACGGGCCGACCUGUCGUUAUGUCACUGAUUUGAUAUUCUGGCAGAAAUCUGAUAGAUUUGUUUACUUUGUUAACUUUAUUUAAAUAACUCUGCAGUGCCUACAUGUUUGUCCAGUAUUGAUUUUCAUUUUUAUUCUCACAAACUGUUCAUCUGGUCGUCUCUCUGUAGCACGUUUGCAUCCAAAAAGAAAAUCUGUGAGAGGAAAUGUUCAAGUUAUUGUGUGUUUCAAGAAGAGUCCAUGUCCACGUCUCCAACUGUGGAAAACAAAGAAAGCAUCAUAACUUAUAACCAUCAGACUUUCUGCUGUUUCCACUCUGUUCAUUUGAAAACAGGUGGAUGGAAACUCACUUCUUCUUCAUCUGAACUCAUGAACUCUGCUCUGGUUUAUUUAUUUGUCAUCUGUCAGCAGAUGGACUCGACUCGACGACGUGAACAUGGACCGUUUUCUGCUGCCUCAAAAUAAAAACCAAAAUAAAACAAUAAAAAAAAAA